GCCUUGUACUCCUGACCUUUGUUCGCCGGGAGACGUGGAUAUUGGCACGGCCUGCCAGGGCUCAAACGACAGAUAUCUUCGAUGCGAGCGAAGCUGUAUAGUUCGAGCAGAAAGGCCACGGGCUUCCGGCGAGAGGCCUCCUCAGCGACGUGGGAGCGUGAUCACCUGCUCUGAUGACUUUACUGGGCACUCCGGCGACCAGCGGCAUGUUGUUCAAAGAUCUUUGGAGUGGACUGCUUCUGCCGAUCACCUCCUAGUGGUGGAUCUUUGGGGAGGCGGCGGGGGAGGGACCGGCUCAGUCAUAAAGAGGCAGCAAACAAAAGAUAUCGAGGUGACAGUGAAUGUUACUGGGUUUGGGGGCCAAUUCCGCGCUCCAAGUGGUGUCUACCAUCUUGAUGCUGACAGUGCUGGCAACGUCAGGUAUGUCAGCCCUGGCGACGUGUACCAUCUCGGCCGAGGAGACAAUUGUGUCAAUGCAGAGAGGCCCUGCUGGGGCAUCAGGUUGAACCCCGAGCAUUUCAAGUCCAGCAACAUUCAGAGACCAAUUCUUACUCCGGUUGCAGAGUUGGAUUGGCCAUCUCACGAGCUGCCGCUUGGCAGGCGCGACUGGUCCUUCUUCGAUACAUGGACAGGGCGGUAUGGAGGACAGGGCAGGACACAGGGUCUUGUGGAAGUGAAGCGUUUGGCGACGUCCUAUGGAGUCUGUGGUGGUUCGGGCGGGGGCGGCGCACACGCCCGUGCUCUGGUGGAGGUGAGAGCAGGGCGCACGUACCGUAUCGAAGCUGGACGUGGUGGCAGGUCCGGCGCAGGGGGGCGCGGUGCCGAGAGAGGCCACAGUAGCCGAAUGCUGGAGAAGAGUGACUUGGGGGAGUGGCACGUCCUGGCAGAGGCCAGUGGAGGGGUCGGCGCCGGGUCAUUCGACGACAAGUCCCAGUUUUCCCCUGGAGGUCAAGGGGGUGUCGCGCCCAACUUGAAAGCCCAUACAUCCACAGCUAGUGGACACCAAGGGCAGCCAUCUCGGUCUCGUCUGCAAUUCUCGGAGACCAUACUGUCUCCAGAUGCUUUGCAGACACUUCCGCAUAGGCUGUACGAUGACAGCAUGGACCUGACCUGCCAAAACGCACUUCGCAGCAAUUUCAUACCUCCUCCUCCUCCUCCGUUUGUGUGUCGUGAUCCAGUUCCCAGCGAAUAUUAUAAACCUUUGCCACCGGUGUGCAUGGUUCAGAAUGCACGCCGCCCGGUGGCGCAAAACGUGGAUUGGGACUACUUCGUCAGCUGCGACGUGAGGUGCGUGGGAACCGAGUGGCCUUCCUCCCCAUCCGGUGCCUCCGCCGCCUCGGCUACUGGGCUUGCAGAGCAGAUGAGGGCCGGACAGGGAGGAAACGGUAGCUGCCCGCAGAAGCGGGCCUCUUCCUCCAAGGCUUCCUUGGAGAACAGGCCUGGGAACGAUGGAAAGGAUGGUUUGGGCAUCGUGCGCCAUUGCAGGAGGGAGGGAGCUUAUACUCUCGCUCUGCAGCGCUGUGAAGGCAGCAGCUCCUGGACCAUCCAUGGCCUGUGGCCCCGCGGGGUGCGAGACUGUGCAAACACCGCCCUGGAUGUGUCCACCCUCUCCGGCCUGCAGCCCCAACUGGUGUCCCAGUGGCCUUCGUGCUUGCCGUCUUCUGAAGCUGAAGCCUUCUGGCAACACGAGUGGCAGAAGCACGGCGCCUGCUUCAGCAGCAGCCCAGUCCACUACUUUCAGCUGACGCUGCGCUUGUUUGACCGACACUCCCAUGCCUGCGCUAACUUCACAUCCAGGGACUGCCGGCUCUGCCUCUUGGAACGCACCAUGGAAAGCUUGCUCUCUGGGUAUCUCUGGGUCUCAGGGCUUGGGAGUUUCGAAUUUGGAUUCUGCUUGAGGCUCAGAAAGGGGUUUAUGUCUUUGGUUUUCAGGCUGCCGGGGAUGGGUUCUCCCGUGCAUUUUUCCAAAGCUCAAAACUCCGCCCUGUAG